GUGGGCGUAGCGGCUCCUUGUAAUGGCGACCGUGCCGUAGAUGUGCCUAGGUGUGUGAAAAUGAAGCGAAGAAGAAGUUAUUUCUUUUAAGUAAAACCCCGAGGUUCCCCGGAGGAGGACUUUGCGUCUACAACCAUCAUCUUUAUAAGUGGUAAACUUAGCUGUACUUUUAAACUUCUGUGCCCUUUUGAAAUGAUGAAGCUCAAGUCAAACCAAACCCGGACGUACGACGGGGAUGGGUACAAGAAGCGGGCCGCUUGUCUGUGUUUCAGGAGCGAGACUGAGGAGGAGGUGUUGCUGGUGAGCAGUAGUCGACAUCCUGACAAGUGGAUAGUUCCUGGAGGGGGAAUGGAGCCAGAGGAGGAGCCCAAUGUUGCUGCAGCUCGAGAAGUGUGUGAAGAGGCUGGUGUGAAGGGGACUUUAGGGCGCUUAGUUGGAGUAUUUGAGAACCAAGAGAGGAAACACAGAACCUACGUCUAUGUUCUUAUUGUAACAGAGGUGCUGGAGGACUGGGAGGACUCUGUCAACAUUGGGAGAAAAAGGGAAUGGUUUAAAAUAGACGAUGCCGUACAAGUGUUGCAGUGUCACAAGCCUGUGCAGGCCACCUACUUCGAGGCUCUCCAGGAGAGUUGCCUGACCAGUAACGGAACACCUUUGGUGGCCACGAUAGGUGGGGACCUCUCCCCUACCUACAGCAUCAAUCAGAGCUCCGUCUCGGAUAUCAGAUAACUAAAACCAUAACUCUGACACCCCCAGGAGCUUUCGCCACCACUUGCGCUCUUACUUGUGUCAUUUCUCUUCUCUUACUCUUUUGUCUCAAUAACAUGGUUUGCCUUGCCAACUCCUUUGUGCCAGAACUGUGGCACAGACUUGAUGACAAGUGUCGGGUGAAUAGUCUGAAACACUUUGUAAAUGUAAAAUUUUUGACCCCUCUUUUUUUCUUUUUACUGACAACUGCAUGAAAUGUCCCCUCACACCCUCUUUCCUUAAUGCGCCCUUAGAGUGGUGUUUAUUGAAUGCAAGAACUACUUUUUACUGUUGUAAUGUAAAAGUGUAUACUUAGUGCUUAAGCUGAAUGCUUUUGGUGAUCUUUUUAACGUUUCCUUCCUAACGUUAUUUUUCUGUGAAUGAAUGUGCCCAUUAGUGUACUCCCUCACCUGUUAUAAGGAUAGGAAACGUUGUCUGUAUCUGAAUGAACAGAACUGUGGGAAAUGACUUGUCUUGCAUGAGCACUGUUUUGUUGUGUCACUCGCUCGAGUGACCUGAUGCUGACGUAAGGUCUGGAUUUUCUUCAUUUUGGUCCUUAUCGUGGUUGUUGAUGUCUCUUUAAUCAGAAGGAUACGGCCCCUGACUAGUCUUUAGUGUCUAGUGUGUUUCUCUCUUAUUUGGGAAGCUAGCCAAGCACUACAAGUUUCACUCUCAAACAGUGCGUAUAUACUGUAAAGAGGGUGAAAGAAUGUCAACGUCCAAUGUAACAUGAACCACCUUUCUCCUCAGUGUCUUUACCUCCUUUUAAUCCCUUUUUUUGUUCUCUUUUUAAAAAAUGCUUUCUUGUCUUGUGGCUGACCACAGUCUUCCUCCACAUACUAUGAGGUUAAAAUGGUAAUUAAAAUAGUAAUAGAUUUAAAAAUCAUGGACUUGUAAUUUCAAAAUUCAACACAUCAUUUAAGUUAUUAAAAACCCAUUUCAUAUUUUACUCCUCACAUUCAGUUUGGUUAAAAGCAGUUGUUUACAUUGUGUUCGUAACAUAGCACAGGUGACUUUAGUGGGCACUUUUCAUUAUCGUCAUGAUUUCUUUUUUUAACCCUUCCUUUUAGUAUUUAAUCUGCAUCCCCAAAAACACUCAAACACCUGCUUGACAUUGAAAGUAAUGGAAUCUAUAAAUGCUGUCUUUGGCAAGAUGCAGAACAAACAAGCCUUGUACAGUUUAAGACCUCGUUUUUAACAUGUAAAAUGCUUUUGGAUACUAGUUUUUGUUUUUCUCUCUUAACGUCUGGCAAAAGUCUCUUUAGCUGAGCUGCGUCACUUGGCCCUCGAUGUGGCGGAGGCAGCUGGCUCAAUACUGUGAAACUGGAGGCGCUGUAGAUAGCAUGUUAGAGGUUUUUAUUGUAAAUUGUUUAUUUCUGUAUAGAUCAAAGGUGAGAGUAAAAAUGACAAAACGCCUCUUACACAUCUGUGAGCCGUACAUUUAAUUUCAAGUGAGGCUGGAAGAAGUGAUUGAACUAAUCCUGUUGGCUUUGGAGCUGUUGGCAAUUUUCUCUUGCGAUAGCAUACAGUACAUUUGAGGCUUAACAACAAGGAAUGUGGCUGUGUUAGUAGGUGAGAGUGAAUAUUGAAAAUUCUUACAUUUAUUUAGACUAAAACAAACUUUAAAAUGGUAAGGGAUAACUGUUUUUCACCCUCAUUUUUGGCCAAACUAUAAAAUUAAGUAGUAACAUUUUUAACUAAGUAACAGCAGUCUGAGUUUUCAAAACCUGAGGUCUUUUUACAGCCAGCAGCUGUUCCGCUAUCUCAGGUCACUGUCAUUUCCCAUAGAGGGUUUCUUUUAUUGGUCUUUUGUAAAUAAUUAAACCACUUGGCCACUUACGGACAAGGAAACGCGUUCUAAACACAACAUUGAAAUAUUAUCACUUUUUCUAAUUAAUAUGGUCAACAUCUUUACACACCGGGUGUUGCGUCUGUGUCCAUUUGUUAAAUUCAAGUCAAAUAUUCACUUCUUUUAGCUCCGUUUUGGUCUCCACCAAUUCUUGUGGGAAAUUUAAAGCUCCUUGGCCACUAAAUGCUCCACUCUGUUCACCAGCUGAUAACUUUGGCCCGGUGUUAGGCGGGUAGCUUACAACAAUUUUAUUUUAAUUUUUUUUUAUAGGUUUUUGCUGAAAAGGGUUACUGUUAAGUACAGUAGCAGAUGUAUAUUGAAGCCGUCAUGGGAAAUUGCAUUGAGAAUUGAAAGCUAGUGGAUCUAAAACAAGGUAUUUUCUCCCAUUAAUUGUGUUUAGGGGGGCACAACUCUGCCAACAAAUCGAGCUGUAGACAGACUCCAGAUAUUGGCCUCUUUGUAAUCCCAGACUGAAAAUGUGUUUUUCUGAAUGACAGUUCAAAAAGGAGUCUAAAGUCUCUGUUGCAACAGUUGGAGACUUUAAACUUAUUUUAUUGCUUUGUAUCAGAAAGGUGUGGUGGCCAAAGUCUUUCUUUAUGAUGCCCUACCUGGCACUUCAUGAAAAAUGUUUUAUGUUGAUUAGACCUUUCAGUCUUCAUUGAAAUGUACAAUUGGAUGUUAAGGGGAUGUUUAUGGCUCAGAACAACCUAAAACCUAUCCCUGAGUAAUUGGCGACGAUGCAUUUGCUCUUAAUGGUUUGAUGUGGGUGACAGGUACUGUCAAAAUGAAUGUGAGGAGGAUUUCCACAAGUAACAGCCAGCGAUUUGAUUAUUAAUGACCACUUGUUCUUUUUUUUUUUCUGUUUGUUCUUUUAAUCUGUAAUGUUAUUGACAAGCUAAUGUCUUGUAUAUAGCUAACUUAGCACCCUUACAGCCAGAGGAUGCACUUUGGCUUUAGUCAAUAAGUAUUACUGUCCUUUUUUAUUUUUAAACUCCUUUCCAAAAGAAAUUCAGACAGUUCCCUUCAUGAGUUAAGUGAUGUAGGCUGGUGUUCAGGAGGAAAUUUAUGAAGUAAAUGUCUCCACAAAGGGAUGUUGUAGUUCAUGUGGAUUAACAAUGGAGUGAACGCAUCUACCCUUUCCUCACUGGGGAUUUCUGCUAUCAAAAUUGUCUUAUUUGUAUGUGAGUUUGAAGCUCCUGAACUUGGAAAAAACAAAUAUUAAGAGCAGAUCACGUAAUAUUCAGAAAAGGUCAUUUCCUUUUAUUUAACCAAAGGUGAUGAUUUAAAUAUAUAGCCCCAUCUAGUGGCUAAAGCGAAAAUAUUAAAAGCACAUCACUUUGCAGCUGAGGAUUGUAACGUUCAGUUUCUAAUAGCGUUAUAGUCAGGUGGUCAUUUUCAUAACUGAAUAACUUUGGUAAUUAGAAAAUAAUUAUAAAUUGAGUGAAAAAAGCUGCUUACCCCAAAUACUUGUAAUUGAGUAACAAACUAAACACACGUGCACUUCUAGCCGUUGACCUCAGCCUUGAAGUUACAUACUCGUAAUUGUGUUCUCCAAGGUAUAUGUGUCACUGGAAUUUUCUUUUCCUCUCUUUUGUCAUUUGGGACUGUGGAAUAAAACCAGUGUGAGAAGACUGAAGAUUGUAAUAUAAAUGUGCCAACAAAUAAACACCAGUAUUUCAGAUUCA